AUGGCAAGCUUCAGAACAUUAUACCUUGUCCUUCUCUUCACGUCAAUUCUGAUCUCCCAUGAGGCUCGUUCUCUACCACCUUCCACGUUCUCAAGCACAAACCAGAGCCACAAUGCAUUUGCAGCAACCAAAACCAAAACACUGUUGAAGGAAAUUUUGCUAAGGAAGCAACUUGUAGCUGGUGCACAUUUUUAUGAGCCUGAUCGACUCAGUCCAGGUGGUCCAGAUCCUUCUCAUCACUAA